AUGGAGAAAGAAUUUCAAGACGCACAAGGUGCCGCGGACUUUGGACCCACCGAACAAAAUGGCGCCACGACCCGACCAAACCCAACGGAAAUUUACAAAGUCGCCGUUCGAGUACCGCCGUUUUGGCCAGAGGAGCCCGAAAUAUGGUUUGCGCAGGUGGAAGGACAGUUUUCUAUAAGUGGAAUAACGGCAGACGCGACCAAGUUCAAUUAUGUCAUAAGCCAGCUCGACAACAAGUACUCCCGUGAGGUGAAAGACAUAAUAAUAAACCCACCAGCCACAGAUAAGUACGGAAAAUUGAAAGCGGAAUUGAUCAAACGCCUAACCGCUUCGAACGAAAAAAAAUUAAAGCAGUUGAUGAUGCACGAGGAGCUGGGGGACCGUAAGCCGUCCCAAUUCCUCCGCCAUCUAAAAAGCCUCGCCGGCGUGGACGUCCCAGACGACUUCCUAAAAACAAUCUGGAUCAGCAGACUACCACAUGGUGUGCAGACAGUGCUGGCAGGUCAACCAUCGCACACAAGUAUCGAUGAUCUCGCCGACCUCGCAGACCGCGUGAACGAUCUCGCCACUUCAACGCCCAGAGUUGCCGCUGUUAGUGAUGUGACACCCAACGUUUUUAUCGACCUCAAAAACGAAAUUGCGGAACUCAGACGACAAUUCCAAAACAUGGCUUCAGGAAGAAACAGCAGAGCUCAAAAUCGAUCGACGCAUAAUUCCAACAGCAGAUCGUCGUCUAGGCAGCGCUCAGACUCCAGCUACCGGAAGUACCCGCUGUGCUGGUUUCAUGGUAAAUUCGGAGAAAAGGCGAAGAAAUGCGUGCGCCCCUGUGACUACAAGGCGGGAAAUGCAACGGGCAGUCGAUAA